CUCGUCACUGCUGUCACGAGCGUAUUAUCAGGAAUACCAUAAUCUCUUCCGAUUGAGAAAAUAUAGAAGUGCAGGGAUUCAAUUCCCCGUUUCACAAAUUGUUGCUGUCUAAAGGGACAUGCAAAACUGAUAAUUAAUUAUUGCUUUUACAAAUGGUAUCGCCCUGAAGUCUAGUGAAAUAGUAAAAGGCCAGAAAAUAUAUGCGUGCCUCCUGGUGAAAAUUUUCUGCAGCAAAGGUUUCAAUAUUAAAGAAUCUGCAAUGCAUCCUAUAAAAUUCUGCUUCAUGUGCAACUCUUCAUAGAUUGCAUAGAUAGCAGAUUUUUUUUUUGUGGCAGACGAAGUUUGUUGGCAAGAAAUUCGCUCCCUGUCAAGAUAGCUUGCUCCUCUUCCUUGCGGUCUUCAUCUUGCAUUCUAACAAAGAAAGUAUACACAGCAGGGAAAAUUUUGCUGGGGACGCCUAAUUUUACAGGUUUUUCUAAGGACAAAGGUGAAAGAAUUUCAAGCCUUGCUAGCAUUUUUCUUAUUUUCCAGUUGAUGAACAUGGCGCUGGAUUUGAAUAAGCAUCAUGAAGAAGAUCAAUCAUCAAUCCUUAUCAUGCUUUUGAAAGAUGGCAGCAAAUGGGCCAAGUUUCAUGUUCUAAUUCUCCAGUGAAAACAAUUAACUUGCCUCAACAGCUGUAAAAUGUGGUGUAUAUUCCUUGAAUCCUUGCACGUCAGGGAAUUUGCUCCUGCAGCUUUCUAUCCAUUCGAAAGUUUGCCAAAAGUUUACUUUCAUGCAGCUUACCAUCAAAAUUAUGAGUGGCAAAAUUUUCUUACUUAUCUCUUUGAUAAGGACGAGGUUGCAAUUUACCAACAUGAAAAUUGUGAGUUCGUGAUAACACCUCCUGCUGGACAAGACCCAGCAAAUUGGGAUCGUGUUGCUGUUGCUUAUCGUUUUAAGGAGUUACCCAUUUAUGGUGAAGUUGCAAAGAAUGUUGUGGUACACUGUGGGCCUAGAUUCUUGUAUACACAUCAUUUACUUCACAAGGGAUGGACUUUUGGUGCUCUUGCAGAGCUGAUUGAUAAUGCCAGUGAUGCUAAUGCAUCAAAAUUGCAUAUAUCAAUUCAGAUGGAGUUUUACGAAAGGGCACAACAAAAUAUACCGGUCCUUUCUGUGAUUGAUGAUGGACGGGGCAUGUCACAUUUGGAUGUUACAGGGAUGGUUGGAAUUGGAUCUGCAUGCCCCACUGAACACCAUAUGGAUCGUAUUGGAAUACAUAGAUUUGGAUUUCUGACAGGAUCCAUGCAACUUGGAAAGGAUGUAGUUGUUCUUACUCAAAGUAAAGAAUCUCGGUCAAUAGAAUUUGUGUCACAUUCAUACAAUGAAAAUAACAAAGAGAUAGAUAUUCCAAUUAUAACCUAUCGAAAGGAUGGAGGAUGGAGGGAUUUUGACCUUGAGGUACAUAGCGAAUCUGAAGCAGAGGAACGUUUGAAAUCCAUUAUGGAGUACUUGCCAUUCAAUGAAUAUACCAUUAGAAGCAAGUUUGCAAGAUUUGGAGAGAAUGGCACUGGGACACACAUUUAUAUCUACAAUCUAGCUAAAUGGGGUUCAGAGUAUCGUUUAGCCUGGGAUGAAAAAUGUGACGAUGAAACAGAUUUAAAAAAGAAACGAGAUAUAUGGAUAAGAUCAAGGUGGGUGAGGAAACGGCAGGGUCAAAUUAGUCGAGAGGUACCUCUUGAUUAUUCUCUCCAUGCCUACUUAGAAGUUAUGUUCCUUAAUCCUCGAGUGAGAAUAUAUGUACAAGGGACAAUGGUCAGAAUGCGUCCAGUUGCUAAGUCGCUCAAUAAGACCAAGGUUGUAAGGGAUGUACUCAUGGGUAAAAAUGUUGAGCUAACUUUAGGGCGAAGUCAAGUGGAAAAGGAGAGAGGUAACUAUGGGAUAUUUUUAUAUUGGUGUGGACGACUUAUUGAGGCAUACAAAAGAGUAGGAGCGAUGGUUCGAAUUGCAGAUAUGGGUUGUGGAAUUAUUGGUGUUAUGGAUGUCACUAAUAUCAUGAAUGAUAAUGAUGAAGUUUUGGUUGCAGAAACCAAGCAACGGUUCCAGGACUGUGACGCUUUUGAUAAACUGGAGCAAUGGUUAGGACACAAGGUUGAUGAAUAUUGGGAUGAAAAUUUUGAUACCCUCGAAUUGAGGGACAAUAGCAAAAGCUACACACCUGACCACAAAUUAGUUCAAUGUAAUAGAUGGCGAAUAUAUGAUCCAAAUUUCAAUGCAGAAAAUUUAUCUGCUGAUUGGUGCUGUUUUAUGCCUCCUUUCAAAGGCUUGUGUGAUACUCCUGAACAAGGUCUACCGUUUAUGUGAUAGGCCAAAUGUUCUUUUGGUAGCUUUGCAAAUGCUCGGUGUAGGAAAUGAAUCUAACACCAUGAACCAUUUCAAGUAGUCCAGACUUUGUUAUUAGACCAGUUUUGAAAAUUAUAUACAAAAUAAAUUAGUGUUUUUGUUUUGUUUUAAAAAAUAAUAUGGUUGAUCCGCGAGUCAAACUUAUUUCAAAUGACUACGUGAUUGUACAGUUCUACUACUAGCAAGAAGGGUAAGUUUCUGAGCACUCAAACAUAUGAAUAGUGAAUUCCACCAUGGAAGAGGGGUAUUCACUUUCUUCCUUUUGUGUCUAGGAUAUGUGUUGUAAAAUGCUAAAUACUUUGUUUUGUUUCAAAGUUUAUUUUAUUUGAGUUUUUGGAGGAUAAGAUCCUUUGUGACUACCAAAGGAUGCUUGGGGAUUUAUAUA